ACCGCGGCUUUGGAAUACAGCCAGACGGCUCAGCAUAAGCUAUCGAAGCUGGCUGAUCUACAGAUCGAGAACAACCAGCUCAGAGACACACUCAAAGACUACAAUGAAGAGCUGAAGGAUGUCAAAAGCCAAGGAGUCACCAUCAAACAAUUGGAAGAGAAAAUCCGCCAGUUUGAAACCAAUCAAGAAAGCAUUAUUGAGGAGCGCACCAAGGAGAUGGAGCGCGACCUGCUGCGUGAGUUCCAGGAGCGAGAGCAGACGUACCACGACGAGCAGCUGCUGUCGACCAGGCGGUUGGCUGAGGCCGAGCACCGCGUGGCCCAGCUGACCAGCGAUCUCGAACUGAGCCAAAGUGAGCUGUUCGAGGUCAAGGCCAAAUAUGAGGAGAACACCCACGCCAGGUCUGACGAACUGGACAUGGUGUUGGAGGACCUGGAGCGUGCGAAUCACAGAGCUGCCCUGGCCGAACGCGAGGUGGACAGUCUGAAAGAGCAACUGGCGGCCACUGUCAAACGGGCACAGCUCGCCGACGAGGCCGAUGGCGGCUCCGAUUCGCAACGACGCUCCGCCACCGAACGACAGCUCGCUUCCAAAGACAAUGAGAUCUGUCAGCUGGUUGAGGACGUGCAAAGGCUGCAAAGUCAACUAUCCGAGCUCGAAAAUCAGUCCGUAUGCCAAAGAGCCAAACUCGAGGAGGAGCUGUCGCAAAAGAGCAGCAUCAUCCAAAGGCUCGAGGCGAUUAUUGAGCAGCAAAAGGACUAUGAAGAGCUCAAAAAGGAAUUCUCGAUCCUGAAAUCGAUCGAGUUUCCUGGCACGUCCCAGCCAUCGGCCGGCGGCGCCGAUGACAGAUCUCAGUCGGAAGCCCGACCGCUGCAGGUGCUCAUGCUGGAGAAGAGCAAGGCCAUGCAGAACGAGAACACAGCGCUCAAAGUGAAGACCUCCGAGCUGCAGGGCGAGGAGAGCUGGCGCGGCCCCUCGGACGCCGAGGAGGCGGCCAGUCCGGACGGCAAGUCGAGUCCGGCGGCCACCGAGCCGCUGCCGAGCCCGCGGCCCAGCCCCAGCCCGGCCGAGCACGCCGCCACAGUGGCUGCCGCCGCCGCCGCCGCCUACCGCUUCGACGAGACGGACCGCGCCGACCGGCUCAUCCCCAAGGGCGACCCGAUGGAGACCCGGCUCCAGGAGAUGCUCCGCUACAACAUGGACAAGUUCUCCAACCAGAGUCUGGACACGCUGCAGCUGGCGCGGCGUGUGCGCGAACUGCUCAGCGUCAACAACAUCGGGCAGAGGAUGUUCGCGCGCUACAUCCUCGGCCUGUCGCAGGGCACUGUCAGCGAGCUCCUCAGCAAACCCAAGCCCUGGGAGAAACUCACAGAGAAGGGCCGCGACAGCUACCGAAAGAUGCACGCCUGGGCGGUCGACGAUGCUGCCGUCUACCUGCUGAAGGCCGUCAUACCAAAGAAAGCCAAGGACUCACGGCCGUCUCUGGUGGGCCGUCCUGAGGAGACCGUGGCCGACGAGCGGAUCGCGCACAUCCUCACCGAGGCGUCGCAGGCGAUGAAGUCUGAGCAGCCGUCCGGAUCGGAGGACCGUCCGCCGGCGGAGGCCGCCAGCCCGUCUGCCCAGUCCCCGCUGUCGGACUCGCGGGAUGCGCUGCAGCGUAUGCGGCGGCUGGGCGGACCGGGUCCGGGUCCAGAGGAGGGGACACAGGAGAAGAUCGCCCGCCUGUACCAGGAGCACCUGGCCAAGAUGAUGGGACAGCGGCCCGACAUGCCGCCCGGCUUCAGUCUUGACCACUACCAGCGACUCCGUAACCCGGAGGAGCUGCGUAGCGCCAUGGACUUCUACAACCAGGAGCUGGUGCGGCACAUGCAGCACCUGCAGCAGGCUCAGCAGCAGCACCAGCAGGCGCAGCAGCCGCUGCCGGCCGUCAGCGGCGCCGGCCCGGCGGCAGCAGCGGCUGCUGGACAGCAGGAGAGACCACCGACUCGCGGCGGCCGGCCGGACAGUCCGGCGGACGGGGGUGACGAGAAGGGCAGCUCAGCGUUCAGCCAGGUCCGACCGCCCUCGACCGAGGCGCACAAAGCGACGGCCGUGUCCAGUCCGGGCUCUCUGCCGCCCACCUCGGGCGGGGGCGGCUCGGCGGUCGGCCCGGGUCCCGGCCCGCUGUCCGGCCUCCACCCGGCCGGGUUCUUCAUGCACUCGGCGGCGGCGGCAGCGGCUGCGGCCGCGGCCUCCACCGCGCCCGACGAGCUGGUCACGGCUGCCAGCCCGCUGCAGCGGAUGGCCAGCAUCACCAACUCGCUGAUGAACAGCGCCGCGCUGCCCCCGCUGCAGCCGCACCCGCCGCGACCCAUGAAGGCCGUGCUGCCGCCCAUCACCCAGCAGCAGUUCGACCAGUUCAGCAACCUCAACACGGAGGAGGUGGUCAGGAGGAUCAAGGAGCACCUCAGCCAGUACUCCAUCUCACAGCGUCUGUUCGGCGAGUCGGUACUAGGCCUGUCUCAGGGCUCCGUCUCCGACCUGCUGGCGCGCCCCAAGCCCUGGCACAUGCUCACCCAGAAGGGUCGCGAGCCCUUCAUUAGGAUGAAAAUGUUCCUGGAUGACGAGAACGCCGUGCACAAGCUGGUGGCCAGUCAGUACAAAAUAGCGCCCGAGAAACUGAUGCGCACCGGCUGCUACAAUGGAGGCUUCCCCAAGAUGCCGCUGAAGCUGCCGGACAUGCCCAAGUCUCUCGAGUCGCCGCUGCCGCCGGCUGUCUCACUGGCCGCCGGAGGUUUCCCCGGCCUGCCGCCGGCGGCGCUAGCGUCGCGCCUCCCCGGCAUGGACCCUCUGAUGAAGUUUGGCCUGCGGAUGCCCACCGCAGGCCAGCUACCUAUGUCUGUGUACGAGACAGCGGCCAUCACUCCGGAGCUGGAUACACAGUACAUCACCACCAAGAUCAAGGAGGUGCUGCUGGCCAAUAACAUCGGACAAAAGCUGUUCGGAGAGACGGUGCUGGGCCUGUCUCAGGGGUCGGUCAGUGAACUGCUCUCCAAGCCCAAACCGUGGCACCUGCUCAGCAUCAAGGGCCGCGAGCCCUUCAUCCGGAUGAAGAUGUGGUUGGAGGACACGCCGAGGAACCUGGACAAGCUUCAGCGCAUCAAGAGCGACCGCAAGGAGAGCUCCAAGCGGCGCCGCUCACAGAUGGAGACCGCCAGUGAGAGCAACGACAGCUCGGACGUCUACUCCACCAUGUCCAACAGCCCCAACGCCAAGAAGUCGCGCGUCCUCUUCUCUGACGAGCAGAAGGAAGCGCUGAAGCUGGCGUUCGCCAUGGACCCGUACCCCAACAUGACAUCCGUGGAGUUUCUGUGCCAGGAGCUCAAUCUGACCCACCGCACCAUCACCAACUGGUUCCACAAUCACCGGAUGCGGCUGAAGCAGCAGACGGGGGCCGCCGGAGAGCCGGCGCCCUACCUCGCCGCGGGGGCGCGCGACGGCCAACAGCUGGAUCCGCUCCAGUUCCGACUGCUGCUGAACCGGCGUCUGCAGGAACUGCACCGAGAGAAGGCAGUGGCGGCUGGCGGCGGAGGUCCCCUGCCGGGCCCGCUGCCGUUCGCCGGGCUCACUGGUCCCCUGCCCUUCCCCUUCCUCGACGGUCGGCUGUCCGGUGAGCCCAUGAGCGGUCUCGAUCUGAGCAUGAAGUCCGACAACGACUUCGACAACCAGAGUGACGACGCGUCCAACAUGUCCGGCGGCUCGAGUCCGCCGCCGGCCGGUUCGCCGGAGGGUGACGAUGAUGAUGAGGAGGGCGGUGAGCGACGUCAGGCGGCGCCGGCGGGCCGCAGCUCGCGGCGCAAGCCGGCCGCGCCGCAGUGGGUGAACCCGCAGUGGGCGGCCGAGCCGCGCCGGACGCCGCAGCCGCAGCAGCUCAUCAAUGGCGUCUGCGUGAUGCAGACCGAGCUGGAGGGCGGCGAGGCGGGCGCCGAGCCCGCCCAGCCGCUGGUCCGGGUCGAACCAGAGAGCGCGCCAGAGCCCGACCCCGAGCUGAAACGGGAGCCGGACGACGCCGAACGGGAGGAGGAAGGCCCGGAGCCCGAACAGGAGCCGGAGCCGGAGCCGGAGCCGGUGAAGGGGGAGCCGACCGACGCCGAGCCGGACUCGUCAGAAGCCGAGUAGCCGGCGCACGUGCAAUGUCCAGUCGUGGCGCUUCUCGUACACACUAUCCAGUCAGCCAAGUUCAGAUGCCAAGUGAUACGUCAGUUCGACUCUAAACCGGCCCUCGGGGGCGCCACAGAGUGGCGUCUGGCCGCCGUUGCCGCCGACGGCCCACUCGCGUUGUGUUCUCAUCCCAUAUUUUUGUAUGUGUGCCGCCGCCGCCGCCGCGCGGCCGGCGUCCCGGCGUCGGUGGCGGUGGCGGCCGUUUUUAUGUAGUCCGAGGAAGGGCCGAGCGACUGGUCGGGCUGAGCGGCCCGCUCGCGCUAGUCGGCCGACAAAAGACAGAGAGGUGGUGCGCUCGGUACGCGCGCUGCAGGACGUUGUUCGUGUUGUCUGUUCUCCCCUCACGUUGUUAUUGCCGAGUGGUGUUCCGGCCGCUGCCUUACUGCGCCCGGCGGGGUCGGUCG